CUCCGUGCGCCUCCCGCUCCGGCUCCGGCUCCGGCUCCAGCGCCCUAGCCCGGCCCGGCAUGGCAGCUCCCCCGCGCUGCAGCCGGCUCCGCCGCGCCGCCGCCUCCCGGUCCCCGCUGCAGCCGCCGCCGCCGCCGCCUCCCCCGGCUCCGCUGCUGCCGCUGCUGCUGCUCCUGGCCAGCGGGCCCGGCUCGUCCGCCUCGCGGGAGCCCGACAGCCCGUGCCGGGUGAAGACGGUCACCGUGUCCACCCUGCCCGUGCUCCGCGAGAACGACAUCAGCUGGAGCGGCUCCCCGCCGGCCGCCAGCGCCGCCGCCCCCGGCCCCUCGGGCCCCGGCCCCGCCGCCGAGUCCCGGCUCCUGCUCUUCGUCCGCAACGAGCUGCCCGGGCGCAUCGCGGUGCAAGACGAUCUGGACAACACGGAGCUGCCCUUCUUCACCCUGGAGAUGUCUGGCACUGUGGCGGAUAUUUCCUUGGUGCACUGGAAGCAGCAGUGGCUGGAGAACGGCACCCUGUAUUUCCACGUCUCCAUGAGCAGUGCCGAGCAGCUGUCCCGGGCCACCCCACCCACCCUUCAAGAGCCUGCUGAGAUCGUGGAGGAGCAGAUGCACAUUCUUCACAUUUCUGUCAUGGGUGGCCUGAUCGCUCUGCUCCUGCUCCUGCUGGUGUUCACAGUGGCGCUGUAUGCCCAGCGGCGAUGGCACAAGCGCCGCCGGAUCCCCCAGAAAAGUGCCAGCACUGAAGCCACCCACGAGAUCCACUACAUCCCCUCGGUGCUGCUGGGCCCGCAGGCCCGGGAGAGCUUCCGCAACUCACGCCUGCAGGCUCACAACUCCGUCAUCGGCAUGCCCAUCCGCGAGACGCCCAUCCUGGACGACUACGACUUUGAGGACGAGGACGAGGUCCCGCAGCGGGCAGAGCCUGGCACGAGGGAGGACGAGUUUGGCAGCCAGGUGACGCGGACGCUGGAGAGCCUGGGCAGGGGCGGGGAGGAGAAGCCCGAAUACGAGAAGAAAGCUGCUGAGGCGACGCAGGAGACGGUGGAGUCCUUGAUGCAGAAGUUCAAGGAGAGUUUCCGCACCAACACGCCCAUUGAGAUCGGCCAGCUCCAGCCGGCCCUGCGCAGCACGUCGAUGGGGAGGCGGAAACGCAGGAGCAGACCCCGAGGUGGAAUUGGGUUUGGACGUGCCAAGGGAAACUCUGGCUCAGAGGCAGAUGACGAAACCCAGCUGACCUUCUAUACCGAGCAGUAUAGGAGCCGGAGACGGAGCAAAG